AUGUGCAUAGCUGGUUUCCUGUGGCAAGGUCACCCGCUCUACCCUUUGCUGGUCUUGCACAACAGAGACGAAUACCACAACAGGCCGACAAGAGCAGUGGAAUGGUGGGGAGGGAGCGAGGAAAUGGAGGAUGUGCUAGGGGGAAGGGAUGAUGCGGCGGGAGGGACAUGGCUGGCUUGUUCAAGAGGAGGCAAAGUCGCAUUUCUCACCAAUGUUUUGGAGCUCCAUCCUGUCCCUAAUGCCAAAACCCGUGGCGAGCUUCCUCUUCUUUUCCUCCACAGCUGCAAGAGUCCAAGGGGGUUUGCUGAGGAACUGGUGAAGGAGGCUCACCACUACAAUGGCUUCAACCUGAUAAUCUCAGACAUUUCGUCGAACACCAUGGUGUACGUCUCCAAUCGGCCAAAAGGCGGCGCUGUGGUAGUCCAGGAUGUUUCCCCAGGACUCCAUGUCCUCACCAAUGGGAAGCUCGACUCACCCUGGCCCAAGGCGCAGAAGCUUGAAAUGGGUUUCAAAGAACAACUAUUCAAGUGUGGAGAAGGGGAAGUUCGUCUGAAAGAGAUGGCGAGGAAGCUAAUGAGGGACAGAGUUCCAGCUUGCAACAACAGGCUGCCUGGCAUUUGCGAUGUAGAAUGGGAGUUGGCUUUAAGCUCCAUCUUUGUGGAAGUCAACACCCCAAAGGGAUGGUGUGGCACCAGGAGCACUAUUGCUUUGUCUGUGGGGAGAAAUGGGGAAGUCACCUUUGACGAGACCUACCUUGAAGAUGGAACUUGGAAGGAGAAAACCAUCAAUUACCGGAUCUAUAACCAGAAGCUCAAACAGCUGACCAGAUGA